AUUAAUAUUAAAAAAGAUUUAAAAUGACCAACGCACAAGAGCGUAUGUAGCAAGACUACAUUUGGAUCCGUGACCAAUCCACUGGUGACGCUGAUGUGAAGAUGCGUACAUUCGGACAACAUUAUCUCUAUUAUCAUGCUCCAAACAAGAGAGAGAGAUUGGAAAUGAUUUGGAGAUCCAUGGGAAAAGCUUAUGAUUGGGAGAUGGAGAAAUUCAGAAUGCAAAAGAAGUUUAUCGAUAGAGGCAACAAGAGGAGAUUCUUCAAGAAUUUCUUCCGAUUAAUCAAAAAUCCCAUGGGCUACAUCUAUUGGAAGACAUAUCGUAUUAGAUAACCAAAAGGACGUAUCAUCACAACAAUGCUUGGCUUAGGUGUGAUCGGCACUCUCUAUAAAUACAAAUUGGAAUCAAAUCAAAUCUAAAAAAGAGAAUAUUACCUUUUGACAGCUGGUAAAAACUCUGAAGGAAGUGGUCUUAUUAACACUGGAUACAAUAACGAUAAAUUGGCUCGUCAAGGAAUGCCAUUAACCCAAAUGUUUUACUCUUACCUUCAUGCCAAAGACAUUGUCGUAUCCAGAUCAAGAGACUAAAAUUACAGAAAGUACUUCGAAAUGAGAAAGAAGUAUUAAAUUAAAGAAUGAUCUAAAUAUGCAUCAUCAUAAAGAUUAUCCCAAAACAAAAUUUCACAUAAUACUUAUA